AAUAAGGGGUAACAACACAGAGGUAGCAACUUGCUAGAGCCUGGCAGAAUGGGAAAGAAAAUUAAAAAGGAAGUUGAGCCUCCACCCAAAGAUGUGUUUGAUCCACUACCAAUUGAAAGUAAAAAGGUCGCGACGGCCGUGCUAAUGCUUCAGUCCCCAGAAGAAGACAUUUUAGCCAAAUCCUGUGAAGCUUUGUACAAAUUUGCGCAGAAAGGAGAUGAAAAUAAAACAACCCUUCUUGGUCUUGGUGCAGUGGAAGCGAUAUGUAAGCUAAUUUCACACGAUGACAAGAUAGUACGCAGGAAUGCCACAAUGGUGUGUGGUGUCUUGGCUGCGCAUGACGACGUAAGGAAAGUGCUGCGGAAGUUGGAUAUCAUACCUUCGCUAAUAGCUCGACUCGCUCCAGAAGAAGAGGUGGUGGUCCAUGAGUUUGCCACGCUUUGCCUGAUGUAUAUGGCCAAGGAAUAUACCAGUAAGGACAGAGUAUUUGAAGUGAAUGGAUUAGAACCUAUAAUCAGACUGUUAGGCAGUCCUGAUCCCGAUGUUAAGAAAAACUCAGUUGAAUGCAUUUAUCAUCUUGUGAAGGACUUCCAAAACCGGGCUGCCGUUUGUGAAUUGAAAGCUAUUCCGGGUCUGCUGGAGCUGCUAAGGUCCGAGUACCCGGUUAUACAGCAAUUAGCCCUCAAAACCCUUGGCAUCGUGAGCUGCGAGGAAGAAGCUAGACUGAUUCUUAAAGAACAUCAAGCAUUGGAUCAGCUUUUAAAAAUCUUAGAAGCAAAGGAGCUUAACGACUUACACGUGGAAGCCCUUCUGGUAAUUGCUAAUUGCCUUGAAGAUGUAGAGACUGUGAACCUUCUUCAGCAGAGCGGAGGACUUAAAAGAAUACUGACCUUUGCAGAGACGUCUCCGCUGCCUGAUGUACAGAAGAAUGCUGCAAAGGCAAUCGCCAAGUCAGCUCGCUGUGAUGAAAACAGGAAAUACUUCCAUGAACAGGAAGUAGAAAGAACUCUGGUCAGCUUGUUGGGGGUUGAAAAUGAUGGCGUCAGCGCCGCCGCACUUCUCGCUGUUUCUGCCAUGUGUGAGAAUGCGGCGAGCAAAAACUUCUUUAACAAACAAGGGAUUCCCCAGAUAGUGGUUUUAUUGGGCAGAGACAGCGGAGAAGUCCGAGAGGCGGCAGCGUUUGCAUUGGCAAAUCUCACUAGUGGCAGCCCAAGCAAUGCAAGUGCUGUAGCAGACGUUAAUGGCGUUCCCGCUUUAAUUAAUCUUCUAUCUGACAAAAAUGAUGGCGUCAUAAUUAACGUGUGCGUAGUCCUGAUUAAUAUGGCCGCCCAGGAAGUCCUGCGAAGCGUCAUACAUGCCCACGGGAUAAUGCCCGCUCUGGUCGGACCAUUGCAUUCGACUAACAACAUGGUGCUCAGCAAAGCCGCGUUUGCAGUGGCGGCAUUUGCAUGUGACGCAGAAGGAAGAGAUGAGUUCAGAAAAGCAGGUGGAUUAGAGCUUCUUGUAAAGCACCUUCGCUCCGGUCACAGUGAAGUGAAGAGAAAUGCCUGCUGGGCGCUAUCAGUCUGUGCGAACGAUGAGCCAACGGCAGAAGAACUGUACAGAUUGGGGGCUUUGGACAUUCUUCAAGAACUCAACCUUUCAACAAGUCAAAGAAACAGAUUUAGUGAACUCGCGCAUGACAAGUUGCUGGAUUACUUCCUAUCUCUGAAGUACAAUCAGACGGGAUACUUGUCCUACACUAACUUCAUACAAGACGGAUUCUAUGACCAUGGUCGGAUAAGACCAGAAGCAAAGUUGUUAUCUCUUGAAGAACUUAGCAAUCAGAAGAUCAACCAAAACCGAGCUAUCAUUCUGGUCAACGCAAGAAAUCCCGUGCCCGCACCUGCUCUUUUACCAAGCGUUGAAGAAGAGAAACAAGAAACAAACUCUGGACAAACUCAAUCCUCUCACAGCCGAAGUGCUUCCAGAGAAAAAGGAGGGCGCACAGUCACUCCUCCAGUGGAAGAAAAGCAGGAUCCGGCUUCUGCUAGAUCUCCUCCUCUUAGCAGAAGUGGCACGCGGGAGAAACCAUCAAGCAAAGGAAGGGCAAGGACGAAGAAGGAAGAAGAGAAGCCGAAGGAAGAUGAAGCGAAAACCCCACCAGAAUCUGUUCCGGAGAAGAAAGAGUGGUGUCCGCCGUAUGACCAAGAAUUACAUGACUACAUCCAAGAAGCUUCCAGAACAAUACUCCCUCUCCCCCGUAUCAGAGAGAAAACCGUGACUUUGGCUCAGUUUGUCGCUGAGAAGAUGGGUGGCCCUGUUCAGAGAGAUCGGCUGCAUGAAUUCAGUUGGGAGCUGCACGUUAGUGAACUGAAAUUUGCGUUACAGUGCAACGUCAUACCAAUCGGAAGGGUUAAAAAGGGAAUCUUCUAUCAUCGCGCAUUACUUUUUAAGGUUAUCGCAGAUCGGGUAGGCAUUGCAUGUUCCCUUACUCGCGGAGAUUAUGGUCGGGCUUGGAACGAAGUAAGAUUACUUGAUGAUUCACCCCAACAAGGAAAUCGAGUUUGUCUUUCUAUGGAAACAUACAUUGUUGAUCUAAUGUAUAAUCCAGGCUCGUUACUGAAGCCGGGAAGUGCAGAAGCAGAACGCUACCAGUACAUUUAAUACAAACGUCAUCAUCGAACAUUUCUUCUGGAUCCUUCAGGUUCUAAUUUACAGAGUUCUUCUGACUGUGCAAUAAACCCAUUAAGUAUUA